GGGGAAACUGAGGCAGGUGUGCCUCUCAUGCUGUGGCUUGCUGUAGAAGGGCACUCCAAGCGAGGUUGCCGUGUGACACAGCUACUCAUUUUGCUUAAUCCAUUACAUGUAUUUAUAUCUCUGUUAGUGUUUUCUAUUUAAGUCUUUCAAGGCUCUAGUCUGAGCUGCCUCAACAGUGCCCAGAAUUUAUCUGAGGAACUCAGUGGAAACAACCAGAAUACGUCCGAUGACCUUCACAGAAGUACUAUGAUGAUGCUGGGCAAAUUAAAGGAACAUUUUUGUGGGGAGUUAGAGAGCGGGAAAGCAGAACAUGCCCAGUGUGAGUACUGCCCACUUGGAUGGGUUCUGCACCAUGGAAAAUGCUACUACUUCUCUGAGAAGAAAAAAACCUGGAGUGAUAGCGAGAGGUUCUGCAACUCACAGGCAGGCAGCCUGGCUGUGAUUGACAAUGAGGAGGAGAAGACCUUUAUUAUGAACAGGAUGAAGAUGGAAAAAGGCUACUACUGGCUUGGACUCAGUAAGGGGAAGGACAGAUGGCUGUGGGUGACUGGUGCCGGGUUACCAGCAGAGAAGCUUCAUGUUACUGGCAGCAGUGGCAGUCAUAGCUGUGUUGUUUGUGGCAUGGACGAGGUUCUGGCUGAGAGCUGUUUCAACCCCAACAAAUGGAUCUGUGAGAAAGCCACCAUGGAAUUUCCAACUGUGAAGAGAGCCUCACUGGACUGAAAUCCCCUCCUAGGUCCCAACAAAAGCUUGGUAUAAAUAGGGCAAGGAGCACUAUUACACCAAACACAAAUGUAAUACUUUGGGCAUAAUGUAAGAUUUGAGGCUAAAAGACUGAAUAGGCCAGAGAUUGAAUUUCUUUCCUCUUGAGCUAGUCCCCACAGGAGAAUCCCCCUAAAGGUGUACGUAAUGCAGUGAUUCCCAACCAGUGUGCUGUCAGGCCCAAACAGAUGUGUGUAGAAUUUUUUGAAAAACUUCAUAAGAACAAGGGGGGAAGCCGCCGUCUGAUUGGCCAUCUACUUCACUGCCCCUCCUUGUCCAGGGGUGGAGCAACCAAUCAGAGCUUCCUUUCUUCCCUCCUCCCAUCUUGUGUAAGCAAUGGAUCAGCUCUUCUGCCCCUCCCCUUCUCUCCUGCAGCUUCCAGCCGCAAGGUAAGGGAAAGAGACCCUGGAGAUCGAGGUAUGCCAUGGCAGAGAAAAGGUUGGGAACCACUGAUGUAAUGUGCAAGGGAGAGGGGAAAAAAAAAAUUACAAAAUCUUGGCAGAAGAUGGAACCUGUGCCAAAGCCUAGCUACUUCAGGUUAAUGUCUCCUACAGCAUCUUUGUAGAACUAUUGGUCUAGUCAACAUCACAUCCUUAAUACUAUAUUUUCCCAAACUCCUUUCCAAGCAGCAGCAGCAUCUGUAGCCACCCAGGCACCUUCCCACCUCUCUGGCUUGUACAGAAAAAUUGAAUUGUAUAUUACAUCAUUUUUCUUCCCCCUCAAAGCUCCUUGGGGCACUAUCUGUUUCUACCCCUUCCUCCCAUUGCAAGGCCUGCCAAUAAACAUUUCCCCUUUGUUUGAGCAUAACUCCAUUUAUAUUUGCUGUUCAGGACGACUAACUUUUUAUUCGACUGAAAUAGCCAAGUACACAGGCUGUUUGUUUCAGGGAGGUCUUGUGGUGAGAUCUAAGAAUCAGGAGCUGGAGAACUGGCUUCUCAUCCUGGCUAUGACACUGAU